GUGACACGUCGGCACAUGCCUUUGAAAAACCGAGCGCACCUCUCUCACGCGACUACAUUGGCCAGGAAGUCAGGAAACAGGAAAAAUUUCGGAAGAGGAGAAAGUUACACGGCAAUUUUCUUUAAUGAAAAAAUGAGCCGAAUUUACCACAACACGUCUUUACAGAACAAACCAGUACACAAUGAGAAACUUGACCGCGAGUGGUCUCCCUCCACGUAUGAAAGCGGCCCGGGGGUUCUUCUCGAGGGGAAGUUGCUGGAUGUUUCCAGACAUGCAAUCAGUGACGUCAAUAAUCAAAAGGUCCGUUUCUACGUGCUGUACAUAAAACCCAGCCGCAUCCACCAGAGGAAGUUUGAUGCCAGGGGGAAGGAAAUGGAGCCGAACUUCAGUGACACCAAAAAGGUCAACACUGGCUUCCUCAUGUCUUCCUACAAAGUGGAAGCCAAAGGGGAGUCAGACCUUCUGUCUCAGGAUCAGCUGUCAGCGAUGGUGGACAAAGCCGAGCUGGUGAAAAUAAGUGACAAGCACAAACCCGGCGGUACCUGGGCCUUCUGGUACCCGGAGUCAGAGAUGGACAAGACAGAGCUGGAGACAGGACAGGACGUUCGGCUGAAGACCAGAGGAAACAGUCCUUUCAUAUUCUCCCUCGCCAAAAUGGAUGGCGGCACCGUGACCAAGUGUAACUUUGCUGGAGAUGAAAAGGCCGGAGCAUCGUGGACAGACAAGAUUAUGGCCAACAAAACAGACACAGGCGGCUCUCACAAGCCCGGAGGAGAAGGAGAAGGAGCGGAGGAGGACGAAUGGGAUGAGUGAGGAAACCAUCUCUCCAUCAGCCUGAAGUCAUGGCCCCGUUCCAGCCUCGAGGUUGAACUCCUUCAACUUGGCUCCAUUCCUGUCUUUCCGUCCUUGGAUCGGACUCCCACGUUCCACCGGGGUAUUGAACCUCUUACAUAUGUGGCCUUGGGGCUUGAAACCUUGCAUCACUUCAACAAUAUGGGACUAGAUCUUUCCAGCUCCACAGUGUAUCCGGCUGUUAGCUGCGACUGUGUCUUUGAAGCUUCACCCUUUUCUUAUAUGCUUUGGAUUAAAUCCCAACAUUUAUAUGA